AUGACUUUCUUGGCGCGAUCAUGGAAUCAUGAAUUCAGGGUAACUAGUGUAUACGAUAAGCGGUACGGAGUAGUUGAACAAGAUCUCUUUUUUGGAAUGUCAAUUGCAAGGACGGAGGAAGGGUGGAUGAUUUCUUCGCCACCCUAUGAAGGUCGGAAGGUUGGCCUCCGAGUGAACGACGCAACCAAAACACUCCGCUCUUGA